AUGGAGUCGGAUGUUCUGACCGAGUCAGUUACAGAAGACAGUGCCGAUGAUCAGCAGGGCACAAAGAAAUUACUUGUUAGACGAGCCAGAAAAGGGCCGAAGAGACUGAAAGGAAAGUCAGGGAGUCGAGUCGUAAACCAGAGGGUGGUGAAGUCAAAAGCCAAGGCAGUGGUGACCUCUCUGAUUAGUGCGGGUCGUUCAGGCGAGAGCGGGCAAGGAGAUGGUGCGACACUAGCCGGGGGAGAAAAAGAAAACCUGAUACCCCCUAUGCUCUUGGCAGGUCUGACCAUAACCGCCACGAGAUCGAAGAAGACGGCGCGAACCCUGGCAGACACUAAGAACUUCCUUAGGGCACUCCUGGAACUAAAUCAGGACAUGCCAAUGACUGUGCCAAGCAAGGAGUCGAGUGAUAUGGAAAGCUAUCGCAAGUUGGAAGAGUUGUGGCUAUUUAUGUAUGUGUAUGAGGAACCUAGCGAUGCAAACAGUAUUAAACCCGAUGAUGAUGAUGAUGGUGAUGUUGAUGCUGUUGAUGAUGUUGAUGCUGUUGAUGAGGAUGCGGAUGAGGAUGAGGUUGAAAAUGAGGACGAGGAUGAGAAUGAGGAUGAUGGUGGUGAUGGUGAGGAUGGUGGUAAUAAAAUGAUGAUGCAGAUGCUGCUCAUGUUGAUGAAUGAAAAUAGUGAUGAUUUUAAUGAAGAUGAUGAUAGUAAAAAACAUGAUAAGGUAACUGAUGAUAACUUAGAUGACAAUGAUGACGUGAAAGUUGAUGAGGUUUACGAACAUCAUAUAGAUGAUGAUAUUGAUUUAGAUGAUGAUGUAGAUGAUAACAUGCAUACGUCUGUCAGCUUGCUCCUGGCCAAACUAACGGACCUGAAAGAGUCGAUUCAGGGCCUAGAUUACAGCCGGUUGAUUGUGGAUGAAAUCGAGGAUGGAUUGAUGGCGGAAGAUAACGGCGAAUCCAAGAAAAAGACGUCCAACAACGAGGACCAAGAAAUGAUGGAGCUAGAGUUGUGA